AUGGAGGACCGCGAUGAGGUGCUAUCAAGCAAGAAGUGGUAUCUCUUCGGUAGAUGGAGCAACGAGCUACCUACCGAGAAUCAGCGGCAAGAACUCGACCACAAGGUAAUUCAUGUGGUGAAUCAAACUCCGGUUGAGCUCGACACCUCGGAACACCCGCAGGAGCUGGAGCCAGAGGCCUCUCAACAUCCGCAGGAGAUAGGGCCAAACUCUACACAGGAACUGGGGCCAAACUCCCCGCAACAACCGCAAAAGAUACACCCAGCCUCUUCAAACCAAAUUCCUGCGGUCGUUGUGGAUUCUUCGCGGCGACCGCAGGCACUAGAUCCAGAAGCCGUGGAAGCACCGCAGGAAUCUGGGUCGAGUCAGGUUGAUAUACAUCUAGGCAAGGUCAGCAGGUGA